UAUGUAGCCAUUAUUUCAUCCAUCUGAUAUCGUAUCUCAAGUGACCAGUGUCUAUCAUGUCAAACCAGUGGAUGUAUUAUUAUCCCAACAACUUUCGACUGGCACCUUCUCCUCCACCAAGCCGAGCACCGAUUUCAUCUACGCCUGUUUCGUCCGCCUCUGCAGCACCGAUCUUUCAGCAGACAACGAUCGCAUCCGACAUCUCACUGCAACAUCUCUAUGCAGAUGUCAAGUCAAUCCUCCAGUCCGUGGAGGCCUCUCUUGAGGAGCAGAAAAAGAUUUCAAAGGACUUGAAUGACCUGAGCACAACCGUCAAUGUUUUGGAAGGUGUACUUUGUGGUAAUGUAAGUCCCGGUCGCGGCAAGAGGAAAAAGAAGAAGGGGGACAAUAUGAAUCUAGAUACGCUACAAUCAGAGGGGAGUAUAGUCCGUCGGUUGGCGACAAUGGAUGCCACGAUCAACCAUUUACUUGCACACGUAGCGAGAUUGGACACAGCUUCCCGUCACCCUGAAGUAUCUUGCGACGCAAGCGCUACCACAUGUACGCCAUCUUCUUCACUUCAGGAGAAAGCCAACAACUUUUAUCGUGCCACAGCAUCCGCUCACUCAGAAAAAUAUAUUCACAAUGUUCAGUGCGAUUCCAGCUCAUCCGGGAGUACAGACUCUCGACCUUCUCCGGACUCUACAAUGUCCCCUAGUGUUUUCAACCAUGUCUCAUCUCCUACAAUAGUCAACGUUUCCUCUCGCUCAGCGGCUUCUGCUACCUUACACGCCAGAGUCCCUGCAAAUGGGCCUGAUCUUUCCUCACCGCUGCCAACCCCAUCUCCUGAAACUCCGGUUGAGGAAAGUUUCAGCACGGCGAACAACUCAAACUUCAGGUCUUGGACGCCCCCUAAUAAAAACACAUACUCGACAUCACUCCGCACCUUCCCAAACUCAUUAUUAAACCCCAUUCCUCCUUCAUCUACUAAUCCAAUCCACAAACCUACACGCACCUCUAUUCAAUCUGCAUCUCGUUCACUCGACUCCGGGCUCGACUCUGCUCCAGCAAAUUUCACACCUACAUUGACAUUACCUUUCACAUCAUCAACUUCAGGCUCGUCUACUUCGCCCCCUGUCUCUGGAAUCGCCCCUAUUGCUCCUACUCCAUUCUCAUCAUCACCUUCAUCUUCUACCCGCACUGCUGACAUGCAUCUCGCGAGCCCACCCCAAACUCCCACUUCUAUGCUCGCACGAGCGCACACGACAGCAUCAUACCACAUCCUCCCACAGGUUUACCAGGAUAUCGGGGGAGAUGUGGAUUGUGAAGGGCCGUGUAUGGAGUGUAAAAUGCGACGCUAUGAACAUCAAGAACGUUUCAGCCAGAGUAUGAAUUUUCUGGAGCAGAACACUAAUGAGGAAACCCGAGAUCAAAGUACGGUUGCUGGUUCAUCGCGUAUUUGCUUGAAUACGUCUUCAGUUGGUCCGUCCUUGUCAUUUGGAGAGGCAUCUCUCCCUGCACUUGAGGCACAACCUGAAGUUCCAGGAGUCCCUCUGGCUACGAUCGAGACACACGGUAUAGUUGCGGAUUCAUGGCACGGCUUGGGUGCAAAUAGAACGGAUGAGGAUGGUGAAUCUCAUGGCUCAGGACGUAUGUGGACGAAUGAAUAUGGCGAGGUAAAUGGAGACUUCAGUGGUCCAAGUUUAGAGGAGAGUUCGCGGCUGGGCCACAUGCCUGAUACUGGUGGAUCAGGCAAGGCGGGACUUGAUAGCCUGAAUGAGCCUGGGCAUGACGAUUCUGGAGAGUGCGAGAGAGAGCAGAGCUUGCAGACAGAGCACAAAGCUGGAGGGCUUGAUGGGGCACUCGAAGAAUCCUUCAACCAGCAGAUGCGCCAGACGCUUGCCCACAAGAGUACUGUCCAGAACAACUUGAGCUUGCAGACUCAGAAGACAGCGUGCAGACUGAACCUGCUCUUCCUGAGCUACGUCAACCAGCUCCCUCGAAUCCAAUGUGCCUCGAUGCUGAUUACCUGGACCAGUAUGAAGAUCUCCGUGCUGAAGACUCCCGCGAACAAACACCUACAGAUUCUCUCUUUCGAGAUGAACAGGCUGUCAUCGCAGUGCUUACAGCCCCAUCUCCUUCAGCAGAGAGUGGAUCACCGCCUUUGCCGUCCUCCCCAGAGGGUUUGUCUGCUUGUUCACCUUUACAGCCAGAGUCGGAGGCAUCAUGUUUGGGAGCCCAAGAGAAAGGAGACAACCCUUCGUCACAGGAACCAACGGAGAUUCUUGAUGAUGUGGACGACAUUUUCACUACGUUCAUCGAUUUCACGAACGCCUACACCGAUGGAGCCACGUCUGCUCUGAGAAGUACAUGUGCUGAGGACCUUGUGGAGCAAGAACCUACAGUGACUAUAAAUCAUCGAAUACACACUGAAUCCGAAACUACUGCAUCGACCGAGCUCUCAGCCCCACUUGAACAUACGGCUUCCAUCUGCUCUCCCCCCACCUUCACUACCACACUCCCUUGCGCGUCGCCAUCAUCUCUCUCGCACCUAUUGAGGUCACUCUCCCCACUGUCCUCGCUGAGUGACUCUCCGCGGACACUGCAAGAGGAGAUCAAUGCGG